UUUUUGGUUUAUUGGAGGUUUUAUUUUAGCAAAAAAGAAAUCCACAUCUAUGCGAGAUAGAUCGAGCUACAAUUCAAUAUGGAUUACUUUCUCGUCCAUAGUCAGGAAUGGAGGGCUAUUUUCGGGUUUCCAUAGCGUAAUUCAUAUCUCCUGUCCCUCUCUCUUCCUCUUCUGUUUCUUUCCUACUCCAUUUUCCUUUCAUCUCCUGGUUUUUCCAGAUAAUUCCCAGGUGUUGGGACCAAAAGAAAAGCAUGGCUUCAGAUUUAAACUCUACAGUUGUGGCGGAACUAGAGGCUGCUUACCAUUGGAGAACUGCAUUCUUUGUAACUCAAAGGCCAUGGCUUGAUCUCUAUGGAGUGAGGGUUAAUCCAGUGGCAGCAUUUGGAAGUGUUAGUAAUAAGCCUUCUCAUGAUCCUGCACUUAUUCAUCGCGUGCUGCCUGAUGAGUUGCUUCAUGAGAUCUUUGCAAGAAUGUCUCCUUAUUAUUUGGGAAGAGCUUCUUGUGUCUGUCGCAAAUGGAGAUACACCAUUCGUAAUCCUAUAUUUUGGCGCAAUGCAUGCUUGAAAGCUUGGCAGCUUUUUGGAGCUGUAGACAAUUACAAACUUUUGCAUUCAAAAUAUGAAGGGUCGUGGAGAAAGAUGUGGCUCUUGAGACCAAGAUUGCGAACGGACGGAAUUUACGUUAGUAGGAAUACUUAUAUUCAUACUGGAGUUGCAGAAUGGAAAGUUACAAAUCCAGUUCAUUUGGUCUGUUAUUACCGAUACAUAAAGUUUUACCCCUCGGGAAGAUUUCUGUACAAGAAUUCUUCCCAGAAACUAAAAGAUGUAGCAAAGCUAAUGAACUUUCGAGCAUCUAAACCGGAGUGUAUUUACCGUGGACAAUACACAUUGUCUGAUGACAAGGUUGAAGCAGCACUUCUGUACCCAGGCAUGAGGCCUACUGUUUUGAGAAUUCGAUUAAGGCUGAGAGGGACAACAGUUGGAGCUAACAAUAGAAUGGAUCUGUUAUCACUUGUCACGAGCGGUGUUAAUGACAAUGAAGCCAACCGCGGCGAAGACAUGCUUGAUGUAGUUGAAGGAUGGCAAGACGAUGAGACACACAAUCCUGAUGUACCCGCAGUCUCGCACAAGAGGGGCUUGACUCCUUUCAUCUUUGUUCCUUUUGAAGAGGUGGAAACUUCGGUUCUGAAUCUUCCGGUGGAGAAGAUGGAUUUCUUUGUGCCUGACUGAUACGUGGACGUCAGGUUGUAGGCUGCAUGUUGUACUAAAAUUAUCAAUCUAUCUCCAGAAUAAAGUUCCAGACUCACA